UUCAAUACGCCAAGAGAAAAGAAUUGUCGAUCUUGAAGGAGCUCAGGCAACUUUGGUUUGUUAUUAUAUUUUAAUCCAUAAUCACAACUCUACAUUUUCUGCAUUUUAAUAUUCUGUCAUUUCUCUUACAUAUUAUUAUUUUACAUUUCUUUUGCAUACUUGUUUGACUGAAUUCAUACGAUGUUUAAAUAUUAAUUUUUUAUUAGGAAUGUGUGUGCUAACAAGUGUGUUGAUAUAUAUUUGUUUAGGGUAUACAGUUCUAAUCAUACAAUACAUAAAGUUGAACGUUUAUCGAAACAUUCAUUAACAUUUUAUCUUUUGGCUUGCAAAUAUUCAAGACACAAUCUUCUCAUAAUCGGUUGAGAAUUCAAUACCACACGCGAGAUAAUGAGGAACAACAUUGGUUUGGCUAAUCCAUGGCUAAAUGAAGAAGCCUUAUCAUGGAAGGUGAAUAAUAGUGAAAAGGAUUAUGAACUUGAAACUGAACCCUCAGAAGUCGAUCGGAUCAUUGCAAAAUGUUGCAAAUUUGACAACCAAAUAAAUUUGAUUAGUGAAGCAUAUCAUUUGGUAUAUGGAGGUUCAAAGAAUUUGUUUGAUGAAUCUUUUAAUCUAACUGAAAUUGAAACCCCUAUGAAAAACAGUGUGCUACAUAUUGCAGCUUGGAAUGGUAAUGAUGAGAUUGUUACUCUUUUAAUUGAACGUGCUCCAAAACUUUUGUAUAUUUUAAUCCAAAACAAUGACAGUGUCUUACACGUUGCUGCAAGAGCUGGAAACACCUCCAUCGUUCAAAAGCCAUUAAAUGCUCAUAUUAGUUUAAUAAAGCCUAAAAAUGAUAUAGAAGCCGACGGAUUUGAGAAGACAUAUAUGGAGAAACUAUUAAAUUUUGUUCAAUUGAGAAAUAAUCAAGGCAACACUAUGAUUCAUGAAGCAAUGUUAUGUGACGAGAACAAAAAUGGUGGGGAUAUGAUUUUCAAAGUUUGUGAAGAAUAUAUAUAUGAAUAUUGGGACGAGGAAACAUCAUCAAUUAGUUGUUAUGAUUAUGCAAUAUAUGCUCUUAAUCAUGCAAAGAAAACAAUACUUUACCUUGCAGUUGAAAAUGGAAAUAUGGAUGCAGUCAAGUUAAUAUUGGAGAAGAGUGAACGGGAUGGUGAGUGGAUAGAAGGAUUCUCACCCUUAGUAGCGGCAAUCAUUAUGCAUAAUCAAGAAAUGUUGAGAAUCAUCCUAAAACAUCAGCCAAGAUGGACCCAUUCAUUGGACAAAGAUAAUAGACUUCCUCUUCAUUAUGCUGCAUCUAUAGGUAGCUUUGAAUGUGUUGAUUUAUUACAUGGAUUAUGUAAAUAUUGCAUCAUUCAAAGGGACAGAUAUGGUUAUUUCCCAAUUCAUCUAGCAUCUUAUGGAGGACAUGUGGAAGUUGUGAAGAAGUUAUUACAAUAUUAUCCAGAACCAUCUGAGAUGCUUGACAGUUGUUAUGAGCGUAAUAUUCUUCACAUUGCAGCAAAACAUGGAAAAAAUGAUGUGAUAUGCUAUAUAUUACAAAGUGAAAUUCCUGAACAUCAUAAACUGAUAAACCAAAAGGAUAAUAAAGGAGAAACUCCUUUGCAUUUGGCUGCAAGAUCAUGUCAUCCCAGUACUGUGUACUACUUAGUUAAUGAUAAAAACAAAAGAGUGAAUCUUGAUUUGGUUAACAAAAACAAUGAAACAGCUCUUGACAUUGUUAAUGCACUUUACGAGGUUGGAAAAUCAUCUUUGAGACAGCAUCUUACAUGGACUGCAUUGAAAUCUGCUGGUGCAAAGCAAAGUCCUGGAAAAGUAAGAAUUCAUAUUGAAUGUAAACCAAGUGAUGUUGAAGAAUCCCAACAAAGUAACGAAAGAGAAAAUGUUUCAAAAAGAUAUAAGAACAGAUUAGAAAACCUCACAAUUGUUUCAACGCUUAUAGUCACAACUUCAGUAGCAGCUUGUUUAGGCGUUCCGGGAGGAGCAGAUGGAAAUGCAAAUAACUUAAAUCAUGCAAUGUUUCAAUUUUUCGUUAUUCUCAUCACAAUAUCAUUCUUCAGUUCCAUUAGUGCUACUCUCAUACUUUUUUGGGCAACACUUGGAUUAACUGAGUUUGUGACUUUAGCUGACAAAAUUGUGAUGCCAGUUCUUGGAAUCGUUCUGUUUUCAUUAUCUCUAGCUUUCAUGGCUGGUCUCUACAUUGUCAUCAGUAAACUUACUUGGUUGGCGAAUGUAUUUCUAGUUCUGACUGUGAUAUUUAUUAUAGUCGGGGUUUUAUUAUACAUACUCCUUUUCCUUCCAUCAUCAUCGACUAUAAAGCCCUUGAGAAACAUUUCACAUUACCCCUUACUUUAUUUAGCAUCACGUGCCGAAUGUAUUUGAUCAAGGUCUUAAACCUUCGAGUAGUAUAGGAAAAAAAUAACAUGUAUUGUUUCUUUUUUUUGUGUCACUAUAAGAGAUAAAUAUUUAUGUGCUUAUAUACUGAUAAAUAUGUAUGUUUCUUUUGUUUGUACCAAUAAAUGUCAAUGAAUUUUUAUUCAGAAUAAUACUUAUUGUUAAAAUGAUGUA